AUGCAGCUAUGGCCUUUUAGUCCACCGCAGCAAUUCUCUGUUUCGAAGCGUGCUAGCUCUUUGGACGGACUUCCGUUGGAUGACAAUGAGAUUGUCGGGACGUUGACCCUUCCACAAUCAAAUGUGUUGAUCAUGGCCACGCCUGCUCGUGCGUUGGUCUAUAAUUUGAAGCCGCUGGCUUUAGUCGCAGUCCACGAAAGAACAGCUUCGUCUAUAGAGGAGUUUGGGUUGAAUAUUUCGCUGCGAUCUUCAAUGACCUUCGAUAACCCAAUCAACGGACUCGUGUCGAAAAAGGAGACAGAAUUCCUGGCGUGGUACAAGGGUAAACUGGUCUUUUAUGUGAUAACUGCGAAUAACUUUUUGCUCACGUAUCAAAUACUAAAAAACUCGACACAGAUGACGACAUUCAAAGAAUAUGGAUUGCCCAUCAUUGAUCCGUCCAACUUUGAUGAAGAUCUGGAACAAGAUUACGACUAUAAUGCAGACGAUGACACGUUGACCGUGUUUGAAAAGAACAACUCGUCACGGAUGAUACAGAACGGUUAUGUGGCAACAAAAGAUAAAGGAUUUCUAGGGUUGUUUUCAACCCACAAUGAAUUGGCAGCAGAGGAGGUGCCCAUAAAAAACUUGGAGUUGAGACUAAAGAUUGUAUUGAAAUUUGAUUUCGAUGUUGUUGAUAUUGUUGGCUUCAAAAAGUUCACUGAAAUCGGUGAUGGCAGGUACGAAGAGAAUCUGAUUGUAUUAUAUCCUCAUGGGCUUCAGCUGCUGCGUUUAGUUGACUUUAAACUAUCUGAUAGCACAUUGGUUAAGAUCGAAAGAGGUCUUAAGAUAUGUGUUUGCAAUGAAGACAUAUAUGUUGUCGGAAACGAUCCUCAGUCCAAUAAAACCUUGAUUCAUCAAUUGGAUAUUUCCAAAUUAUCCUCAGAGGCAUUUAUGUUGUGCGAUAAUGGACCAUUACACUCGACCUUUCAAAUAAAGAAACAGCUUGUGUUGUGUUAUGAGCGAAAGGUUGUUAAAUUUGAUACUCUCAGCAAAUCAGUAUGCUUUGAGUUCAAUCUACCGUUUAACAGUCGAGUUUGUAAGCCAAUCAAUGACGACACCCUGUUGUUCAUCAGUGACAAAAACACGCUUCAUUUCUACACAACGCUGGGCAACCUUUUGUUUUUAAUUGAUCAUGACAGUCCGCAUAGUUAUCCCCACUACAAUUAUUCGGAUUUCACGUCGUUCAGUAACUUUUUAGUUACAACGAGUAAACGCGGUGAGUUUCAACUUUGGGAACUAUGGAAAGAAUACUCCCAAACGCACUACGAUUUUAGGAAUACGAAAGUUUAUUUACUAAACAGGGGAAAUGAUAUAUUGUUCUACUCUCCUCAAAGUGAUGCUCCUCUCAGUCACGAGAUCUUACCGGUGAUAAAGUUACCGCUGAAAAGUUUGAAUAACUACAUUUCAACCAUUCGUAUCAACGGUAAUCUGAAGCUAAUGGCAUUGUUCAUCUCUAACAAGAAUUUACUUCUAAUCCACAAUAUGGAGACGAAUGUGUGGUUCAAUUACUCCAACCUUACGAUCAUAGAUAUGCAUUGGCUAGCAAAUAAUUACUUGGUCGUUCAUCUGAAGCACGAAGAUGGGUCACGCACGUUACAGUGUCUGCGAAUUCCAUUACAGGGCCUGGAGACCAAAGAACUGUCUGAGUUCGUCAUAUGGGAGUAUUCAGUCCCUGAGAAUGAAAGGGUAGUCAGCUUUCAUGUCAACACACUCUUCAGAUAUAAACCGCUUAAGAUCAAGGGGAAAGAGCCAAGCAAACUGGCGGAACGAUACUUCAAGACUGCUGAGAUUAUUUUGCUGACGGAUACACGUCUGCUGGUAUUUGACGCUAUCUCCACAAUUGAUAUCAGUGGGGUUAAUUUGUUAAAGAGAUUCCACUUGUACAUCAAGGUAGAGAUACCGAAUGACAGUGGACUGGCAGAUAUUGAAUGGGCUAUGAGUUUCAGAGAGGGCCUAUUGAUAUAUGCAGGGGGGAAGAUCUUACGGCUUGAUAAGAUGGACGCUGAUGAAUGGAACAGUGUCAAGUUACUGUCCAAUGUGGAAAGAAUAUUAGAUGUUCAAAAGGACCAGAUUUUUUUGCUUCAAGAAAACCGCUAUCUGUAUUUUAACAUUACCGAUCUAUGGGAUAAUCAAAAUAGCGUAUUGGAACGUGGGAUUGAGGAUGAGGAAUACCCUGUUGCUGUUUCGCCCGCUUCUGCGAUUUUGCAUUCUUUACACUGCAUCUUUAAUAAAGACCAUUCAAAGCUUGUGGUGAAACACGAGAUUUAUCUGGACAAGCUGAUACUAGCUAGGAUGCAGGUUGGUGCCAGUGUGGAUGAUAUUACGACGGAAUUCCACAAUCUAAAGCAUUACAAAUUUGCCCUGGAAAAGAUCCUCUCAUCCAAAAUCUUAGAGCAUGGUGAUUUAACGCAAAUCCUGAAUCUGGUAAAGUCAUGUCACGGUUCUUUGGACCAAUCGCUGAGAAACCCGAACAGCGACAUGCUGGAGAUUGUCAGCAACUGUUUGCGAAAGAUCGAGACCAAACACUGGAGAGUUCUUUUUAGCAGUCUCCACAUGACGCCGAGAGACUUGCUAGCUUUAUGCAUAGAGGGAAAUGAAGCCAAAAUGCUGGGCAUUCUGCUGCUUGUGUUUUUAAACUUCAAUGGUGAAGAACUGCUGAUCGAUUCGAGCUCAGGCAGUAAAUGGGCCCCGAACCUAGAAGUGAUCGACGAACACUCGCAGGAGGCAGGGCAUGAACAAGAGACCACGAAUUCCGAACUGUUAGGUGUCGACAAGAUACUGAGUGACGAAGAACUAAUGCUACGUGUGCUGAAUAUCCUUGUAUCGAGUGCAGCUGGCGCUACUGAUCCGAACAGGGCCUCCGAAGCCUGGGACCUGUGUUUCCAGCUGGUACGUUUUCUAAGGGAGCUCGACAAGCAGAACAGUACAUCGCUCGUACAAAAGGCUGUUCAGAUGUUGCAGCAGCAUACCAAAUGA